ACUUUGCUUGCAAACACGCCCCCCUCCCUCCCUCCAUCGCCUCCUUCAUCGUCAUAUCUAACACCACCGUCUUUUUAACCUCUGUCAUCGUCAGUUGGCCACUCAUCGUAUUCAUUCUCGGGGUUGCAUACCUGGGACUUUUAACGCUUUAAACCAUCAAACCGACUCGUGUUUGCUCGUCUUCGGUGCAUCGGACAAAUGGAGGACUAUCAUAAACCGGACCAGCAGACUGUGCAGGCGCUGAGGAACAUCGCCAACCGGCUCCGGAUCGAGUCCAUUAAGGCGACAACUGCAGCGGGCAGUGGUCACCCCACAUCAUGUUGCAGCGUGGCAGAGAUCAUGUCAGUGCUGUUCUUUCACUCCAUGAAGUAUAGACCUGAAGACCCCCGUAACCCCAGCAACGACCGCUUCAUCCUCUCCAAGGGUCAUGCAGCUCCAGUGCUGUACGCUGUGUGGGCGGAGACAGGCUUCCUAAAGGAGAACGAGCUCCUCAACCUCCGCAAGAUCGACUCCAUCCUAGAGGGACACCCUGUGCCGAAGCAGCAGUUUGUGGAUGUCGCCACUGGAUCUCUGGGUCAGGGGCUUGGAGCUGCCUGUGGAAUGGCCUACACUGGGAAAUACUUUGACAAGGCCAGCUAUCGAGUGUUCUGCUUGCUUGGGGAUGGAGAGAUGUCGGAGGGAUCAGUGUGGGAAGCCAUGGCCUUCGCUUCUUAUUACCAGCUAGACAACCUGGUCGCCAUCUUGGACAUCAACCGUCUUGGUCAGAGUGAUCCAGCGCCGCUCCAGCACCAUGUGGAGAAGUACCAGCGACGCUGUGAGGCCUUUGGCUGGCAUGCCAUCAUUGUGGACGGCCACAGUGUUGAAGAGCUGUGUAAGGUGCUGAGUCAGCCCUGCCAUCAGCCACUUGCCAUCAUCGCCAAGACUAUCAAGGGCAAGGGUAUCCCAGCGGCUGAGGAUAAGAUGGGCUGGCAUGGUAAACCCCUGCCCAAAGACAUGGCUGACAGUGUGAUCAAGGAGCUGCAAAACCGCAUCAUCACAUGCAACAAGCGUCUCCAUCCUGCUCCUCCAAUCGAGGACGCGUCACCUAUCAACCUCCGCAACAUCCGCAUGUCGAGUGCACCAAACUACAAACCUGGAGACAAGAUUGCUACAAGAAAGGCAUAUGGUAUGGCCCUGGCCAAGCUAGGCCGUUACAACGAGCAUGUGGUGGCUCUGGAUGGAGAUACCAAGAACUCCACCUUUUGUGAGCUCUUUAAGAAUGAACACCCCAACAAUUACGUGGAGUGCUACAUUGCUGAACAAAACAUGGUGAGCGUGGCAAUAGGUUGUGCUGUGCGAGACCGCAAUGUGGUGUUUGCCAGCACCUUUGCCACCUUCUUCAGCCGAGCCUACGACCAGCUCCGCAUGGCUGCCAUCUCUGAGAGCAACAUCAACCUCUGUGGCUCACACUGUGGUGUCUCUAUUGGUGAGGAUGGACCCUCUCAGAUGGGUCUAGAGGAUCUGGCCAUGUUUAGAGCCAUUCCCACGGCAACCAUCUUCUACCCUAGUGAUGGUGUCUCCACUGAGAAAGCUGUGGAGCUUGCCGCCAAUACAAAGGGUCUGUGUUUCAUCCGAACAAGCCGCCCAGAGAACAACAUCAUCUACAACUGCAAUGAGGACUUCCAUGUUGGUCAGGCUAAGGUUGUGUCUAAAACCAAUGACGACCAUGUGACAGUGAUCGGAGCAGGAGUGACCCUCCACGAGGCCCUCGCUGCUGCUGAACAGCUGAAGAAAGAAAGAAUUAACAUCCGUGUGAUUGAUCCUUUCACCAUCAAACCCUUGGACUCCAAGACCAUCAUUGCCAAUGCCCGAGCCACCAGAGGACGCAUCAUCACAGUGGAGGAUCAUUACUAUGAAGGUGGUUUAGGAGAGGCAGUGUGCUCGGCAGUAGUGAAUGAGAAUGGCUUCAACGUCCAACGUUUGGCAGUUUCCCAUGUGCCGCGCAGUGGGAAGCCCCAGGAGCUUCUCAGGAUCUUUGGCAUCGACCGUGAUGCCAUCGCUCAGGCUGUUCGUAAGAUGCUUAGUAGCUCUGCCAAUGCCAAGUAAAAAAGAUGGCAGCAUGAGUAGCAGUGGAAGCAACAUGGUAAAUAACUCUUUGGUGAACUGAUGAUCACCAGAGAGAGAGAAAAAACAAAAAACAACCAACAUAGACAAAGAGGAAGCACUUCUAGCCCAGUCACGCUCUCCUCCUCAUAAGUAUGGGAAACAUUACUGUUAUGACCUGGGUCAUAUUUGUGUUUUAUUCUUGUUUAUCGUGCAGCUCUGUCUCCUCCCCUGUAGUGUGUGGGUGUGCAGAUCCAAGAUUGUGUCUGUACCUGUGUGGAUCUGCUACUGCGGCUCGUUUGAGGGGCUCAAACAGAAUUGCUGCGACCGGAUUAGUCAAAACACAACAUCACAGCUUUUAAAUCUCAGCCUGCUCUCUCCUUCACCAGCCACUUCCAACAAAGCCAGAAUAAGACUUGAAUCUUAAGAUCAUUUGUAAUUGUUUUUGGCCUGAUUUGGCUGAUUAUGUUAAUUAGAAAUUAAGUUUAGGUUUUGAUACAUAGACUGUUAGUUUGUAAAGUUAGAGCCGCACAGCAGUUAGUCGGAGGAGGUAGCUCUUUUAAGUUUACUUCUUUUUCUCUGUUUUUUUUGUUUAGGAGAUGAGGUUAAAAAAAUAAUUUGUUAAUGAGUUUAUUUCCUUGGUUGAGAAAGAUCAGGGCUUGUUUAGUUCACUUUUUGGUUGUUUUGGUGACUGCUCUGCUGAAACUGAUAAAACUGCUGUGUUCAAUCUG